GUCUUCACUUUCUUUUUCACAUGACCGAGGAGCAGAGCAGAGGAGAGGUUUUUACUUGACUUUAGAAAGGACAGAGGUCUUUUUUUCAAGUUUUUAUUCUCACCAGGAAAGGGUUUUUCUGUGAGUUUUUGACUAUUUGAAGAUGAAGAAGACAUUCCAGGUAAUCAAGGAAUCGACUGAAAACUAAAAAAAGAAACGUAUUCACAGUUUUGACAUUAGUUGGGUUUUAUUUUAUGCAGACUAAUCAGUGUUAUCAUCAUGUGAAGGUCCUGUUUGUGGUUCUCCUCACUGCUGUGGGAGCUGACAGCCAGUCCUUCCACAGAGGAAACUGCCCUAAGCCGUCUGUUCAAGAGGACUUCAACGUCACAAAGGUUCAAAACUUUUAUUCAGAGUUUGAUGACUGAGGAGUCUGUCUAUCUAAUUUGAUUAAGAACAAGAGUGUUGACUUGAAAUAAACUGUUUUGAUUCUAGUACAUGGGCACCUGGUAUGAAAUAGAGAAGCUCCCAGCUGUGUUUGAAAGAGGAAAGUGUAACCAAGCCACAUACACCCUUCUUGAUGAUGGGACAGUGAAGGUCCGCAAUGCAGAGCUGCUGUAAGCGUCAAUCUGCUCUUUUACUUCAAUGUUUGCAUGUCAUCACUAGUGCACCGCUCUGUAAUCUGCAUGAGAAUAAGGAUGAAUUAAAGGAAUCUCUCAUUUUAGGGCCAAUGGAAAGAUAAGUUCAAUCGAAGGUGUCGCCAAAGUUAAAAACUCAUCUGAACCAGCGAUUCUGGACGUCGGCUUCUUUAAAGGUAAAGAAAAAAACACAGGCUCUUGUUUUGAAAGGAUGCAUGUUGCAGAAAUGAUGCUGUUCUACCUGUAUCCAGGUGCUCCAGAUGCUCCAUACUGGGUCCUCUCCACAGACUACCAAACAUACGCUCUGGUCUACUCUUGUUCAAACUACUUCGGCCUCUUUCACAUCGACUUCGCCUGGAUGCUGGCUCGCACUCGGGUGCUGACUGAAGAUGUCGUCAGUCAGCUGCAUGAUAAACUGACUGCUGCAGGUGUGAACGUGAAACGCCUCACAGUCAGCGAUCAGACGGGAUGUGAUGUCAUGACAUGAGGCAGAAUCUGCAAAACAAAACAGAGAUGGAAUGGCGAAUAUAUCUGUUUCAUAUACUGAGCCUUAAUAUGAGUUUUGAAUCAUGUAUGUAGAUUGUUGUUUAGGUGAGUGAAACAUGAUUUUCUUACUGUAAACAUGUUAGUGGCUCCAUGUUUGAGGUUGCUGACUUUCAUAAAAAAAAGUAAACUGCAUUUCAGGAUAUGAUCUUUGUGUUGACUUCCUGAUAUUAUUAAUAUGAAGAUUCACACCUUCGAAUGUUUAACACGUGAUAUAUUGUGACAAAAUAACAAACUAGACACAAAGCAACCACAACACAAAUGAGAGGCAGCAGGGCAGCAGUUCCCCACCAAAUGCCUCUCCAGACUGCAGGCAGCUCUGGGCUUUUAGACUCCCAGCACCAGGUGAGUCUGAUUGGCACUCAAGUGAUUUCACCUGGGCAGCUAUGGAGAGACAAAGGGGGAAAAACACAUGCAAAACAAACACACAGCCGUAACAAAGGCAAUAGUAUAGUAUGAUAAAAAAAUUCAAAUUUUAGUAUGUACAUUUUUUUCAUAGACUAGUAUGUUAAAAAAUGUCAUAGUACAGUAUGAAAAAAUUUAAAAAUUUUAGUUAGAAAAAAUGUCAUAGUAUAGUAUGUUAAAAAAUGCAACAAUAAAGUAUGAUAAAAAUUUCAAAUUUUAGUAUGAAACAAUUUUUAUAGAAUAGUACGUACAAAUUUCAUUGUACAGUAUAAUAAAAUUGUCAAAUUUUGGUUAGGAAAACAUGUCAUAGUAUAAAAUGUUAAAAAAUGUCAUCAUACAGUAUGUUUAGUAUAAUAUAAUACACAUAUUUAUAAUUACAUAAGAAAAAAAACCCAACAUGUUUAACCCCUUAAUUUUGGAAUAAAUUACAAUUAUUAUUUCUUUUACCAUUAUCAAUCAUUAGGGGCAGCAGGAGCUCAAUAACUGGAAGGUUGGCAGUUUGAUCCCCACCCUAACCUGAGUCUGACCGUUGUGUCCUUGGGUAAGACACUUAACCCACCUUGCUCCCAGUGUGUGUGUUUCCUCCACCGGUGUAUUAAUGUGAGUGCUGUGGUGGUGGUGGUCAAAGACUGGCAGCCUCAAACAUUGUCUCCAAGUUAUAAAAACCUGAUUUAAAUAAUCAGACAUCUGAUUCAGUACAGUUUCAAAUACUGAUGUUGAGCAUUUAAUGGAUCACAAAACUCAAGAGGGUAAAACUGAGGCUUUAUUCCUUUACAGGUUUCAGGAGUCAAAUAAAACAAUUUAACUUUU